UGCAGCUAGUCCCUUCUCAAACGAUUGGGCUUUGUCUGUGCAUUAUUGCAUAACAGGAGGAAGCUACGAGUGCUACUAUUAUUGUUCAGUGAACAACUAAUAUCUUACAUUUAAAUUAUUGAAAAGGAUAGAUAUACUGGCACUAUAAUUCUAAGUUAUAAAAUCGGGACCAUAUGUGUUAGAGAACUAACUGCAUAUUUUUGUAGCUCUACUCUCAACAAUGUAAAGGUGUAAUCUUGUCAUUAUUGUUUCAGUAUUAUAUUAAAUACAUUCUAUUAGCCACUAUGGCAGCUGCUUUUCUUGUUUUUGGGAUAAUCCUAGGGAUAUAUGUAUUAGUUUACUACAAUUUCAUCAAAGGAAAACAAUGCAGAAGUGACACCUGCUUGAAGGGAAAAACUGCAAUAGUGACAGGAGCAAGUGCUGGAAUUGGAAAAGUGACAGCACUGGAUUUAGCCAAACGUGGGGCUCGUGUUAUUCUAGCAUGUCGUGUGCAAGAGACAGGAGAGGCGGCAGUGUAUGACAUAAGAAAGUUAUCUGGAAACAAUGAAGUUCUUUUUAUGAAGCUUGAUCUUGCCAGUCUCUCAUCUGUCAGAUCAUUCUGCAAAACAUUCCUCAACUCUGAGCCUCGUUUGGACAUACUCAUCAACAACGCAGGCAUCCAGGACUACGGUAAAACUGCUGAUGGAUUCAACAUGAUGUUUGGUGUUAAUCACUUGGGGCAUUUCUUGCUCACACACCUGCUUCUUGACCGACUUAAGGCUUGCAAUCCUAGCCGGAUUAUCGUUUUGGCAUCUUCGCUAUAUAGUAGAGGAAAGAUCGAUUUCGGCAACCUAAAUCCACCUUCAGACAAGUUAACACACAUAUUCCAGUCUUAUUGUGACAGCAAGCUUGCCAAUGUUUUGUUUGUGAGAGAAUUGGCUAACCGUCUACAAGGGACUGAUGUGACAUGCUAUGCAGUUCACCCAGGUGUGGUGCAGACUAAUCUAUCUCGCAGUUUACCCCACUGGAUACAAAUAAUAUCUUUUCCACUAGUUUGGCUCUUCUUAAGGUCUCCUGCAGACGGUGCUCAGACUUCUAUCUACUGUGCUGUACAGGAGGGAAUUGAAAUGUACAGUGGCCGCUAUUUUGCUAAUUGCCAGGUUAAACAGGUUCAGUCUCAUGCCCGGGAUGAUGCAGUUGCCAAGAAGCUAUGGGAAGUCAGUGAGCGUCUAACUGGACAGGUCAACUGAGUGUUUUUAUAUAUAUAUACAUUACAUCAUACGGGGCCAAAAUAAAUAAUGAAA